AUGGAGAUUGAGCCUGACCAGGUGGUGAGACUGCGGAAGUUGGAGCUAGAAAGCGCCAACGCAGCUAUGGCUGGUGGGGCCGCGGGUUCUGGUGGUACAACUUCUCUCCCCUACUCAUCCAAAUUGGACUCGGGUGUUGUGUUGCUCAUGGGAAAUGACAUAGCCGGGGGUAAAGUGACUCCAACGUUAGAAGUCUUGGAUGUACCAGGAGACCCUGCCUGCAGCGCAGAGUCGCCCACGAUAGCUGUUUCAACACCCGUGAAGGAGCCAGCAUCUAUGGAGAGUGCGGUGGAACCAUCCUCUUCCUCCCCACCACUGCAAGCUACAAGAGAGCGCUUGGCUGUGGCUCAGAGAGAGGAUCCAACCUUACAGGCCUGCUUCAGGAAUGUGCCGUUCAAGCUGGAGGUGGAUGCCAGUGCCGUGGGAGCUGGUGCCGUGCUUUUGCAGGAAGAUGUAGAGGAAUAUUCCAAAAUGUAUGAUCACCAGCUGUCGACAACCACAUUACCAGACGUAACUGCUCAGACAGACACAUUAACAUCACAGCCUUCGGAGACCAUAUCAACAUCUCAACCUACAGGUCCAACAGACACAUUAACCUCUGAGCCUACUGGUACCACCUCAGUACCUGAAUUAACAGGUCAUACUGAUUCAAUUACGUCUGGACUUGUUGUGACAACGUCUGUCCCUGAACCAACCAAUCCCACUGACAUAACAACCGCUGAGCCUGACGAGACAACCACAUUACCAGACGUAACUGCUCAGACAGACACAUUAACAUCACAGCCUUCGGAGACCCUAUCAACAUCUCAACCUACAGAUUCUACAGAUACAGUAACAUCUGAACCUACUGGUACCACCUCAGUACCUGAAUUAACAGGUCAUACUGAUUCAAUUACGUCUGGACUUGUUGUGACAACGUCUGUCCCUGAACCAACCAAUCCCACUGACAUAACAACCGCUGAGCCUGCUGAGACAACCACAUUACCAGACGUAACUGCUCAGACAGACACAUUAACAUCACAGCCUUCGGAGACCAUAUCAACAUCUCAACCUACAGGUCCAACAGACACAUUAACCUCUGAGCCUACUGGUACCACCUCAGUACCUGAAUUAACAGGUCAUACUGAUUCAAUUACGUCUGGACUUGUUGUGACAACGUCUGUCCCUGAACCAACCAAUCCCACUGACAUAACAACCGCUGAGCCUGACGAGACAACCACAUUACCAGACGUAACUGCUCAGACAGACACAUUAACAUCACAGCCUUCGGAGACCCUAUCAACAUCUCAACCUACAGAUUCUACAGAUACAGUAACAUCUGAACCUACUGGUACCACCUCAGUACCUGAAUUAACAGGUCAUACUGAUUCAAUUACGUCUGGACUUGUUGUGACAACGUCUGUCCCUGAACCAACCAAUCCCACUGAUAUAACAACCGCUGAGCCUGACGAGACAACCACAUUACCAGACGUAACUGCUCAGACAGACACAUUAACAUCACAGCCUUCGGAGACCCUAUCAACAUCUCAACCUACAGGUCCAACAGACGCAUUAACCUCUGAGCCUACUGCCUUCGGAGACCCUAUCAACAUCUCAACCUACAGAUCUACAGAUACAGUAACAUCUGAACCUACUGGUACCACCUCAGUACCUGAAUUAACAGGUCAUACUGAUUCAAUUACGUCUGGACUUGUUGUGACAACGUCUGUCCCUGAACCAACCAAUCCCACUGACAUAACAACCGCUGAGCCUGCUGAGACAACCACAUUACCAGACGUAACUGCUCAGACAGACACAUUAACAUCACAGCCUUCGGAGACCCUAUCAACAUCUCAACCUACAGGUCCAACAGACACAUUAACCUCUGAGCCUACUGGUACCACCUCAGUACCUGAAUUAACAGGUCAUACUGAUUCAAUUACGUCUGGACUUGUUGUGACAACGUCUGUCCCUGAACCAACCAAUCCCACUGACAUAACAACCGCUGAGCCUGCUGAGACAACCACAUUACCAGACGUAACUGCUCAGACAGACACAUUAACAUCACAGCCUUCGGAGACCCUAUCAACAUCUCAACCUACAGGUCCAACAGACGCAUUAACCUCUGAGCCUACUGGUACCACCUCAGUACCUGAAUUAACAGGUCAUACUGAUUCAAUUACGUCUGGACUUGUUGUGACAACGUCUGUCCCUGAACCAACCAAUCCCACUGACAUAACAACCGCUGAGCCUGACGAGACAACCACAUUACCAGACGUAACUGCUCAGACAGACACAUUAACAUCACAGCCUUCGGAGACCCUAUCAACAUCUCAACCUACAGGUCCAACAGACGCAUUAACCUCUGAGCCUACUGGUACCACCUCAGUACCUGAAUUAACAGGUCAUACUGAUUCAAUUACGUCUGGACUUGUUGUGACAACGUCUGUCCCUGAACCAACCAAUCCCACUGACAUAACAACCGCUGAGCCUGCUGAGACAACCACAUUACCAGACGUAACUGCUCAGACAGACACAUUAACAUCACAGCCUUCGGAGACCAUAUCAACAUCUCAACCUACAGGUCCAACAGACACAUUAACCUCUGAGCCUACUGGUACCACCUCAGUACCUGAAUUAACAGGUCAUACUGAUUCAAUUACGUCUGGACUUGUUGUGACAACGUCUGUCCCUGAACCAACCAAUCCCACUGACAUAACAACCGCUGAGCCUGACGAGACAACCACAUUACCAGACGUAACUGCUCAGACAGACACAUUAACAUCACAGCCUUCGGAGACCCUAUCAACAUCUCAACCUACAGGUCUACAGAUACACCUUCGGAGACCCUAUCAACAUCUCAACCUACAGGUCCAACAGACAUUAACCUCUGAGCCUACUGGUACCACCUCAGUACCUGAAUUAACAGGUCAUACUGAUUCAAUUACGUCUGGACUUGUUGUGACAACGUCUGUCCCUGAACCAACCAAUCCCACUGACAUAACAACCGCUGAGCCUGCUGAGACAACCACAUUACCAGACGUAACUGCUCAGACAGACACAUUAACAUCACAGCCUUCGGAGACCAUAUCAACAUCUCAACCUACAGGUCCAACAGACACAUUAACCUCUGAGCCUACUGGUACCACCUCAGUACCUGAAUUAACAGGUCAUACUGAUUCAAUUACGUCUGGACUUGUUGUGACAACGUCUGUCCCUGAACCAACCAAUCCCACUGACAUAACAACCGCUGAGCCUGCUGAGACAACCACAUUACCAGACGUAACUGCUCAGACAGACACAUUAACAUCACAGCCUUCGGAGACCAUAUCAACAUCUCAACCUACAGGUCCAACAGACACAUUAACCUCUGAGCCUACUGGUACCACCUCAGUACCUGAAUUAACAGGUCAUACUGAUUCAAUUACGUCUGGACUUGUUGUGACAACGUCUGUCCCUGAACCAACCAAUCCCACUGACAUAACAACCGCUGAGCCUGCUGAGACAACCACAUUACCAGACGUAACUGCUCAGACAGACACAUUAACAUCACAGCCUUCGGAGACCAUAUCAACAUCUCAACCUACAGGUCCAACAGACACAUUAACCUCUGAGCCUACUGGUACCACCUCAGUACCUGAAUUAACAGGUCAUACUGAUUCAAUUACGUCUGGACUUGUUGUGACAACGUCUGUCCCUGAACCAACCAAUCCCACUGACAUAACAACCGCUGAGCCUGACGAGACAACCACAUUACCAGACGUAACUGCUCAGACAGACACAUUAACAUCACAGCCUUCGGAGACCCUAUCAACAUCUCAACCUACAGGUCAACAGAUACAUUAA